AUGGCUCCUCCACCAAACACCCCUGCAAACAAGCCAUCCGUCCUGAAAGCCGUAUACUCAGCCCCCGCCGCCUCAUCCCCGUCGGAUACAAGCCAAACCGAGCCCGCAAUCCACCACACAAUUCAACAUGAGCUCUCCGCCUCGCUCUCGUCACACACCGCAGACGAAACCACUAGCAAAACGGCGUAUCUCUCUGAGCUUAGGCGUGCUGUAACCUCACUACAGAACGAAGUCAACACGUAUCUCACGGCACGAAUGGACGAGGACAGUGCGAGGGCAACGGGCACUGGAGGAAAGGACGAGAUUGGCCAAGAGGAGAACUAUGGAGAGGAGGUAGCGAAUGAAGAGGAUGAAGAUUAG